UCACGUGAGGCAGUCACUUGAUCCAGAGUCAUGUGACUGAGGAAAGAGCAGCAGCAGAACUCCCUGCUCAGGACAAUCAUGUUUAGGCUGCCGGUGUUGUUGUUGUUGUUGGUGUGUCUGGGGGCCUCCCCCUGCUAUGGCUUCCUGGCUAAGGCUCACAAGAGGCAGCCGACUGCCAGCUCCCCUUCUGUUCCGGAAUAUUGGUUUGAACAAAGACUCAAUCAUUUCAGUGGAGCUGAUACCCGAGUGUGGCAGCAGAGAUAUUUUAUGAAUGACACGUACAGGCAGAGCGGUGGCCCUGUAUUUCUGAUGAUUGGAGGGGAAGGACCGGCCAAUCCAGCGUGGAUGACUUCAGGUGCUUGGUUAACAUAUGCAGAGAAACUGGGUGCGCUAUGCCUAAUGCUGGAACACCGCUUUUAUGGCAAGAGUCAUCCAACUCAGGAUAUUAGUACAGACAAUCUUCACUAUCUGAGCAGCCAACAAGCCCUGGCGGACAUAGCCCACUUCCAGACAGUGAUGAAAGAGAAAUUGGGAUUGGCCGAUAGUAAAUGGGUGGUAUUCGGUGGCUCCUACCCUGGUUCCCUAUCAGCCUGGUAUCGAAUGAAGUAUCCUCACCUGGCCCAUAUGGCUGUAGCCAGCAGCGCCCCGGUGAAGGUUCAGGUGAAUUUCAGUGAAUACCUGGAAGUAGUGCAGUUGGCUUUGUCCCUAAAUCACUCUGACUGUCCUGAAGCAAUCAAAAUGGCUUCUGAAGAGGUGUCUAAACUGCUAGUGCUCUCCAGCUUCCAGAAGCUUACAGAUGAUUUCAGAUUGUGUGAGCUGCUACAAAUAAAUUCUUGGAUGGACACUGCCUACUUGCUGGAUACCCUUGCUGAAAAUAUCAUGAAUGUCGUUCAAUAUAACAAGGACAACCGAGAAUUUGAGGGUGUAAAGGACACCAGCAUUACCAUCCAGGUUGUGUGCGAUAUUAUGGCUAAUAAGUCACUUGGCACUCCAUAUUACCGAUACGCCAAUGUUAUCCGCACAAUCUUGGAAGUUAAUGGAGAAAAGUGCAUGGAUGCAAGUUAUAAGAAAUUUAUCCAAGAUAUGAGGAACAUCACUUGGGCAUCAGUUUCACUCGGAGGUAGGCAGUGGAUGUACCAGACAUGUACUGAAUUUGGAUUUUUCCAGUCUACAGAUUCUGCUGCUCAACCUUUCUCUGGCAUCCCUCUCAGCUACCAUGUCCAGCAAUGCUCUGAUAUUUUUGGUCCAGAAUACAAUUUAUCCAUGGUCACAGAUUCUGUCCAGCAAACAAAUGAAUAUUAUGGCGGACUUGAUAUAAAGGGCAGCCGUAUCAUUUUCCCAAAUGGCUUAAUUGACCCAUGGCAUCGCUUGGGAAUUAAUGCAGAUCUCAGUGGUGACCUAAUAGCCAUUCAGAUGGAAGGCGCUGCUCAUUGUGCGAACAUGUAUCCUGCGCGAUUGGAAGAUCCUCCCAGUGUUCCUAGUGCAAGGCAAUACAUCUUUCAGUUACUAACCAAAUGGUUAAACACAUAGCAUCAAGUAACUUCCACAUGUUCCUAUUUUGGGCUUACUGGGGGGUAACUAUUUGUCUUUAAAGGGGGAUCUAUUGCAAAAAAUAAAACUUAAAAUGCUUUAUCUGACUGAAAUAAGAAAUGUCCUAACAUAAUCAGCUAAAAAUGACUGAUUAUAUUAGGAUUAUAUUCUGAGAUAACCAAGUUACUCUUCACUCUCUCCCUCUCAUCAUCUGUCUCUCUUCAUUCUUUCUUCAUGCAGUAGGUGGGGUUAGGUUUUGAUUGACAGUUAGGCCUAAUACAUCCUUUGGGGGGUUGCACCCUUUGCCUAAAAGAAGUAUAAAAGCAACUCUUGCAAAAUAAGCAGCUUUAGAAGUAAUCCUGUUUCUCUACAUGCAGGGUUUGUGCCCAAGUCAGCUAUUUUGUAUGUACUGGAGUCAGUUAUUUGAGUUAGCUCUAACACAUCUGCUAGGAAGCCCCCCCCCCAAAAAAAAGAUGUAUUAGACCUACUUGUUAAUCAAAAUCUGACCCCAACUUCUUCAUGUAGAGAGACUGAAGAAAAGUGCUGAGAGAGUGAAGUAGUGAAGAGUUGCUUGUUUAUUUCAGAAAUGGUACAGAAUUUUUAAUUGAUUAUAUUUAGAAAGUUUCAUAUUUCCAUGAGAUAAAGAUUAUAUUAUAUUUAAAUUUUCCUGAUAUUUCCCCUUUAACAAACCAUAUUUUUAAAAGAAAAGAAGGUAUUUGAAAUAAUUUGAUUGGCUUUGCAUUGUCAGCUUUGUUCCACUUAUAAUGUAUUUUCAGAUAAACUUAUAGUACGUUGCUGGAGAUUGUGUAUUUUUGUGAUCAGAGCAUGAAUGACCUCCCUGUGUGUGUAUGGCUUGUUAUUGAGUAUGACCAUAGUCAGACACAGACUGGUAUUCAAAAUAGGCCAAAAAACGCACACCCACUUACUUCACUUACCAUACUGGUGAUGCAGGCUUUCUCACAACUGGCACACUAAGCCUUGUGGUGGAUUGGACACUGGGGGACUCUGGGGAGGGGAGGUGGAUUGAGUUUGUCUUUCCAGGUAUAUAUGCAAUAUUGUGUAUAUCCUGAUGAAGGGAUAGUUGCGCCCCCCCAAACCUUGAUGGACAGGUUGCCGCAAUAAGUGGGGUAAGCAUAAAAGUUUUAGUGCGGUUCCUUGAAGUUUUAACAAUUGAAGUAGGCCCCCAGCAUUUAAAAUACACAUUCCAAAUAGCCCCGUGCAGGCCCACUAACUAGUGACUGUCUAUGGCAGCUUACACCAGCCCCUCUGGAAAUUGACAGAAUCCACAGAUUGCCAGCCUGGAUGUGCCAGUAGUUCAAAAACUAAGGGCAGUAAUUGGCUUUGGAUGAAACUAGCCAAAGUGGGUGCUUGUGAUAGAGAGACUGAACUGUAAGCUCCACUGGGGCAGGAACUGUUUUACUGAACAUCCUGAAUGGAAAUCUGCACAAGAGCAAAAUACAGAAACACAUUUUCUGUUAGAAAAAAUAAGUCCUUGUUGACAAAUCCAUCUAACUCCCAGAACACUAACAGACAUGUCUGAGACCUGAGGGCUGUCAGCAGUGUUAUGUAGAAUGGAUUUAUGAGCUGCUGAUGUACGGCUAUGGCUGAAAGUGUUAGGCUGGGUUAAUUAGACAUAUUUAUGAGGGUUGUUAACUUUAUAGCUGUACUGUAUGUCUUGCUCUCUCUCUAUAUAUUAUUGUUUAUAUACAUAAAACAUGCCUUCAAGACAGGUGCUCUCAUAUAAGCAAGGAUACUUACUGCCAUGGACAAGGUUGUUAUUCAAAAACAAACAACAAACUGUUGGGUGAAUACAUUGCAUACAAAGAAAACAUAUUUAUUACCCUGAGGCCUAGCAAGCCAUCUCAAGGUUCUAGCUCUCAGGCACAGCACACUGCACUGCCAAGUAUUCCAUCUUUAACAAAGGGGACAUGGAAAGUGGAACUAUAACUCUCCACUUCUCACAAAAAAAGCUCCCCACAACCCUAUAACUAAAAAGGGUACAUAUUUAAAAUAUUAAGAAAGAAGAGAGAAAGACAACCCUUUUCUUGGUUACUUAUCUUAUAUAUGCUUGAUCAAAUCACUCAUUCACCACAUGAUUCCAUUCAUCAAACACAUGACUGCAAUAAAUGUAAAGUGACUAGUGCUUAUUAAGAUUUGAUCACUACAUAAAUAAUCAGAAAGAUAAAAUUAUCUCUGCUUUAUAACCACACCCUACAAAUCCUGCCUUGAUAUAAAACACACUUAGUGAAUUGAUCUUAAUAAUUAUUUGGUGAAUGAUUUGAUCAAGCAUAUAUCAGAUAAGUAACUAAGAAAAGGGUUUUCUUUCUCUCUACUUUAUUAAUAAGUAUUCCAUCUUUGGCAAAAACAUACAAGUUGGUUCACUGGCUCUUGUUAAAAAUGGAAUACCAGGAGGAAACACAUGCAGACACACAAACCCCUUGCAGGUAGUGCCCUGGUUAGAACAGAACUCUGUACCAUCUCUCACUAGGCAGUAGUGCUAACCACUGAUAUUAGCUCCUCUCUCCUCUGUUGUUGCGUCCAAUAUGGCAGCACCCUUGGGCGCCACUUGGGACACAGUGUCAAGCAGAUGCGUGAUGUUGUCAUGUUGUGCCUGCCACUGAGAUCCAAAUAAAUAGAUGCUAAAGACCCAGGUUCAGUGCCCAAAUAUAGAUCUUUCUUUGUAAAGUUCCUGGGUGCCCCUGAAGUGCUGUUGUGACUUGCUCUUCCCCUUGCCUGACCUGCUCUGAUUCUGACUACGAUUGAUUGCUGCCUGCCCUGACUUUUGCCUGAAUACAGACUUGAGCUUUUAGCUCAGAGCUUUUAGCUCAUUUGGAUACCUCUGUCUGUUUGAACUCAGCUUCUCCAUUGUUCCAGACUUCUAAACUAGUAUGGGCCAAUAGGCCUUGACACUGAGCCUUCCUUCUGAUAACUGAAUUAUAACUUGUGAUAUUCAUGGUUUCUUUAAUAUAACUUUUGUUGAUGAAGUCAUUGGUGCCCUGUACAUUAUAUAUAAGUUAUGCAUUUUACAUAUUUUGUAAUAAAACCCUUCUUUCUUCUA